AUGCCAAUCAAGCUUCCCAAGGGGUUUCAACGACGGAAAUCUUCAGGCCAUGCCUUGGACGAGGUGCGCAACCCGCCUGGGGAGGCUUCCUCCUUCCGAGUUUUGGAAAGGCCACAGAGUAGCGGAAAAUCAUUUGAUGGCGGCAAACAUUUGAAGAUGGCAUCUCUAGGAGGAGCACCAUUGCCACCACCGAAAGAUCGACGCGACCACGAGGAGGUAGAUUUAUUUGGAGUGGGCCGCCCUGAUGCAAGCAACCGGUACGCGAAGAAUACAACCACGGUCGACCAUAUGAAGGGUAAAGGACUGACAAAAUUGUCUAGGGGAAGUGGUGGUACUGAACGAUCCCACUCAACCGCGCCUAACGACAGUGCCGCAUCGUCCGCCCGCCUCAGUACUUCGUCGACAAAUCCCUCUUCCGUUGACACAAGGUCGGACAAGAAUGUCCAAGGAGGUGCUGGGUCAAGACCGUUCAACGAUAUCCCCGCGCCGCCGCCGGUUUCGACAAGGCCUGGCUUCCUUCGCAGUCCCACUAGGACAUUUUCCUUUGGGCUCGUGAAAGGCAGUCGAGGAUCGCCCACCUCACCAGGUGGUGCUUUACCGCCUUUGAAGGACAUAAGCAGAAACAGGGCGGUCACGUCAAGUAGUGCAAGCACGGCCACGCCUCCCAGACUGUUUGAUACCGACUUAUCGUUGGAGAAUUCCGAAUUGGAUGAGUUCGGAAACAUGUUUGACCAUAUCGGGUCUAGCCCUGACGCGCCCCCAAGCCGGCUUAUACACCAAGAGGCUUCGAUCUCUCCUGCUCCUACACAAUAUCCUCCGACCUCUUAUCCAGGCAAUAGUCCACUUCGUGUCAAUCGAGCACCUCCUCCGAAGCCUAUCUCCACGGAUCGCUCGCAAGUCGUUGAAUCCUCUCCUUAUUCAUGGGCGUCACAGGAUUCCAAUGAUCAUUUGAUACGGUCCCCUAGUCCGUCUAAGACUAUUACGCAGGGAAGCCCGAUGAAAGCUGGAGACGCUGGCUCUCGCCCUGGAAGAUUCGGCUCGAUGUCAGAUACAACAAUUACUGCGAGAGGGUUGGGAGGUUCGGCAUCCGUUGCACAUGAGGAGGAAUUACGUCCCUCUCAGUUGCUACACACCAGGUCUGCAGACAGCAGUACUGCCUUGACAAGCCCUGCUCGGGACAACAUGGCGGGAUUGUCCCCGAGUUCGACACAUAGCGCCUCGUUUGAUCCGAAUAUUGCAGCGGAUGCACAGCUUGCCGACAUGUAUCAGGAAACCAAGUCGGUUCCUGUCAAAUCGGUUGCCAUGAAUAAAGUCAUGACGCCUGCUCAGUGGGAACGGUACAAGGAACAAAAGGAGAUGGACCGACGGCUUGGUGCUCUGUCUGACGACAGUGCUUCUGAGGCGAGUGACAAUGCUGAAGACGAUGACGACGAGAUUGAACGCAGCCGACAAGCAACUAAGCAGCGUCGAAAACAAGAAGCCCACCUGGCUGUGUACCGGCAACAGAUGAUGAAGGUAACAGGCGAAGCACCGCCCACUCGAUCAAUGAGCAGCCUCGGCAUGCUGCGAGCGGGUGACAACAACUCGGCAACGGAUCUUAACCGCUUGUCACGGAUGACAUUGGACUCGAAGCAGUCUGGUAAAAGUAGCGGAGAGGAGGAGGACGAAGAUGAGGAUGUGCCACUUGGUAUUCUUGCGGCCCACGGUUUCCCGAACAGAAAUAGGCCUCCCACACGACUUGCAAAUUCUCCUUCCAACUCCAAUUUGCGCAGUGUCAGCCAGAACCAAGGGGCUCCGUCUGUGGUCAGUCAAGCUCCUAAAGGCGGCAAUUUGCCAGUCUUUGCUCGACAACUACCCCCGGACCCUUACUAUGGAGCCAGCCUGGUAAACCCUUCGAAUCGUGAAGCUCUGGCGCUUCACCCUCAAGCCCCGCCACAGGGAGCGGGACCUGCAACAGCCCAUCCCAUUCACCCUGCAGGGCUUGUCGGAGUUAUCGCUGGCGAAGAACGCGCUAGAGCUGCUCGACGAGGAAGCCCGAACCCUGCUGGCAACUACGACUUGCCCCCCAUGGGAGGACCCCCUCCUGGCAUGGUACGAUCUCAGACAACCGGGGCUCUAUCCUCGAUGGCUUAUCCACCCAUGGGAGCACCGGCCAUGCCAGGAAUGCCAGGAAUGCCGGGGAUGAUGCCAGGGAUGCCACCUAUGCUGACUCCUGGUGAUCAAGCGCAAAUUCAAAUGUCCCAACAGAUGACGCAAAUGAUGCAGAUGCAGAUGCAAUGGAUGCAACAAAUGUCAAACAUGAUGGUUGGGCCAAACUUGCCCCCUCCUGGUGUACCGAAUCCUGCGUUUGCAAGACCUCAAUCAUUGGCAAUGCAGAAUGGCACGCCACCUCAGCUGAAUCAACGGACCAUGAGUACUCUGAAUCCAAGCAUGGCGCCCUGGAACACCAAGCCACCGAUGUUGCCGUCCAUCAAUGUCAAUGGUAACUAUGCUCCCUCGAUCGCACCAUCUGAGCGCAGCAACAUCGGCCUAGCUCCGAGAUACCGGCCUGUAUCCACAGCCCCAGAGCCAGAAGUGAUGUCCACGCAUCAUCGCGCGUCGACAUUUACAUCGUCCACUGUGCGACCCUGGUCUUCAAUGGACCCAGGGCAGCGACCGUCGACGCACGCUGCGAAGCCUUCGGUGAACACUCUCGGUCGGAGAUCCCCAUUGGCAAACCAGGACGAUGAAGAUGACGAGCAAGGCUGGGCUGAGAUGAAGAUGAAGAAGGAUAAGAAGCAAAAGACCUGGGCACUCCGAAAAGGACAGAAUACACUGUCGGAGUUAUACGCCAACGCCUCGUGA